UGUGGCCCUGCGGGCAGCCUCGCGGAGAUGAACCCCAGCGCCCCCAGCUACCCCACGUCCACGCUCUACGUCGGGGACCUACACCCCGACGUGACGGAGAUGAUGCUCUACGAGAAGUUCAGCUCGGCCGGACCCAUCCGCGCCGUCCGGGUCUGCAGAGACAAGAUCACCCGCCGCUCCCUGGGCUUCGGGUAUGUGAGCUUCCAGCAGCAGGCGGACGCGGAGCGUGCUUUGGACACCAUGAAUUUUGAUAUUGUGAAGGGCAAGCCACUUCGCAUCAUGUGGUGUCAGCGAGAUCCACCGCUUGGCAAAAGUGGAGUGGGCAACGUAUUCAUUAAAAAUUUGAACAAAUCCAUGAACAAAAAAGCACUGUAUGAUACAUUUUCUGCUUUUGGUAACAUCCUUUCAUGUAAGGUGGUUUGUGACGAAACUCGUUCCAAGUGUUACGGAUUUGUACAUUUUGAAACACAGGAAGCAGCUGAAAGGGCUAUUGAAAAAAUGAAUGGGGUGCUUCUAAAUGAUCGCAAAGUAUUUGUUGGACUAUUUAAAGCUCCCAAAGAACGAGAAAGAGAACUUGGGGCUAGUGCAAACAAGUUCACCAACAUUUGCAUCAAGAAUUUGGGAGAAGACAUGGAUGAUGAGCACCUUAAGGAUCUCUUUGGCAAGUUUGGACCUGCCUUAAAUAUGAAAGUGAUAGCUGAUGAAAGUGGAAAAUCCAAGGGUUUUGGAUUUGUAUGCUUCGAAAGGCAUGAAGAUGCACAGAAAGCUGUGGAUGAGAUGAAUGGAAAGGAACUCAGUGGAAAACAAAUCUACGUUUGCCAAGCUCAGAAAAAAGUGGAACGGCAGGCAGAACUUAAGCGCAUAUUUGAACAGAAGAGGCAAAAUAGGAUCACCAGAUACCAGGGUGUUAACCUUUAUGUGGGCAAUCUUGAUGAUGAUAUUGAUGAUGAACGUCUCCGAAAAGAAUUUUCUUCAUUUGGUACUAUCACUAGUGCAAAGGUGAUGGUGAAGGGCGGUCACAGCAAAGGGUUUGGUUUUGUAUGUUUCUCCUCACCAAAAGAAGCCACUAAAGCAGCUACAGAAAUGAAUGGUAGAAUUGUGGCUACCAAGCCGUGGCAUGUAGCUUUAGCUCAGUGCAAAGAAGAGCACCAGGCUCUCCUCACUAACAUGUAUAGGCAGAGACUGGCAAGUGCGAGAGCGAUGCUCAACCCCAAACUCAACCCCUACCAGCAAGCAGCUGACCCACUGACUCAGAGGCGUGCUGCAUACUAUCUGCCUAGCCAGAUUGCUCAAAGAAGACCAAGUCCUCGCUGGACUGCUCAGGGUGCCAGACAUCGUCCAUUCCAAAAUAUGCCCAGGGCUGUCCGCCCAGCUGCUCCUGGACCACCGUGUAGUACCAUGAGACCAGCUUCUUCACAGGUUCUACGAAUCAUAGCGACACAGCAGGUUGCUAACACAUCAGCAAAGACAAAGGGUUCACGCCCUGCAGCAGCAGCUGCUGCUGUUGUCGGCGCUGUUCCACAGUACAAGCAUGCUGCAGGAGUUCGCAGUGGUCCACAUCUUAACACACAGCCACAAGUUACCAUGCCGCAACUCCCUGUUCACCUACAAGAUCAGGAGCCUUUGACUGCUCCCAUGUUGGCAUCUGUCCCUCCUCAAGAGCAAAAGCAAAUGUUGGGGGAACGGCUCUUUUCUCUAAUUCAAGCCAUGCACCCUACUUUUGCUGGUAAAAUCACUGGCAUGUUGUUGGAGAUCGAGAAUUCAGAACUUCUUCAUAUGCUUGCGUCUCCAGAGUCUCUCCGUUCGAAAGUUGAUGAAGCUGUAGCUGUACUACAAGCCCACCAGGCUUAGGAGGCUGGCCAGGAAGGAGUUAACAGUGCCACUGGCAUACCUUCUCCAAGGCCCUCUUUUUUUUUUUUUUCUGAUUUCCCAGUGAGCUCACUUCUUUUACUGUGACUUCUAUUUCUUAGAGAGCCAAAGCAGCCAGUGCCUAGGCUCUUUCCUGUUCCUCUGUUCCUUCUUCUGUCUUAAGCCCGUCCUUUGUUUCACUUUCCCCACCUUUAAUAAACAUACUCUCAAAAUCA